AUGUCCGACGCCCGGUCGCUGCUGCGUGCGGCGGCGUCGCAGCGCGAGCAGCCGCCCGCCGUAGGGAUUCACGACCGCUGGGCGUCCUACAACGCGAAAACAGGGACGCUGCGAUGCAGUGCAUGCAACUCGGCCGUGAUCAAGCACGAGCGCCUGUGGGGCGCACAUGCCGCUUCCAAGACGCACCGCGCGAAUGUGCAUGCCAUCGAGGCACGCGAGGCACGCGACACGGCUAAGGAGGGCGCAGUGCCUGAGGAUGUUCCGGUCGAUGCUGAUCCGGAGCCAGAGGCCGAGGGGCUCAAGCGCAAAGAGGCCGAGGACUCCGAAGAGACCGAGUCGAAGCGUACGCGCCGCGACGCGCCCGAGGCACAGGCGCCGGCAGUCGACAAAGAGUGGGAAGAGUUUCAGCGUACUGUGUUGCAGACGACUGCGACUGCGCCCGCGCACGCGCCCCAAAAGAACUAUGAGCAUGCGACCAUCUCGGUCGAGCCGGAACUGCACCACGAGCAGGCCCCAGGCACUGGCGAGGUCGUUGAGGAGACUGAGGAGGAGAAGCGUAUACGGCUCGAUCGCGAGGCGCGCGAGGAAAUCUUGUCGCGCAUCGAGGACGAGCAGCGUGCACAGGAUGAGGCGGACGAGCGUUUUGCCGCCAAGGACUACGACAGUGCCGUGAAGCACUACUCCGAUGCGAUUGCUGCUGCGGAGCAGUCGGGUGAGAAGGACGGUCUGCACGUCCUCUACUCGAACCGCAGCGCGUCGUACGCCGGUCUGAAGAACUGGGAUGCGGCGCUGAAGGAUGCCGAGUCGACGAUCGAGACGAACCCCACGUUCGCCAAAGGCUACGGCCGCAAAGGCAGCGCGCUGCACGGUGCGCGCAAGUACGACGAGGCGGUCGCUGCCUACAAGGCCGGCCUCGAGAAGCAUCCCGACGAUGCUGCGCUGAAAAAAGGUCUUGCGGACGUCGAGCGUGCGCAGAACGACAACCCUGCGGACUCGAUGGGCAAGCUGUUCAAGGACCCCCAGAUGAUGGAGAAGCUCGCCGCGAACCCCAAGACGGCCCCGCUCUUGGCGGACGCUGCCUUUGUGCAGAAGCUCAAGGAGCUGCAGAGCGGCGGCGGUAACCCGAUGAUGAUGAUGCAGGACCCCCGCAUGAUCCAGGUGAUGGGUGUCAUGAUGGGCAUCGACCUCCAGGCCUUUGAGCGCCCCGAGGACGUCCCCGGCGCCAAGGACGCCAAGGAGGCGCCCAAGGAGGCGCCGAAGGAGGCGCCCAAAGAAGCGCCGAAGGAGGCGCCCAAGCCCAAGGCCGAGGAGCCUGCCGACGAGCCGAUGCCCGAGGCCGACAGCGAGGAGGCGAAGAACAAGGCCGCGGCUGAGGCCGAAAAGAAGCUUGGCAACGAGAGCUACCUCAAGCGCGACUUUGAGCCUGCUGCGCAGCACUACAACAAGGCGUGGGAGCUGCACCAGGACAUUACCUACCUGAACAACCUCGGUGCGGUGUACUUUGAGCAAGGCAACUACGACGAGUGCAUCAAGACCUGCCAAAAGGCUGUCGAAGAGGGCCGUGGCAUGCUUGCCGACUUUAAGCUGAUUGCCAAGGCGUUUGGCCGUAUCGGCAGUGCCUACCUGAAGAAGGACAACCUCGAGCAGGCGAUCCUCUUUUUUGAAAAGUCGCUCACCGAGCACCGCACGCCCGACAUUCUUGCCAAGCUGCGUGACACGGAGAAGGAGCAAAAAGAGCGUGCGCGCCAGGCGUACCUCGACCCUGCCAAGGCGGAGGAGGAGCGCAACCGUGGCAACACGCUCUACAAGGAGGGCGACUUCCCUGGCUCGGUCCAGGCCUAUACCGAAGCGAUCAAGCGCAACCCGUCGGACCCCCGUAACUACACGAACCGCGCGUCUGCCUACACGAAGCUUGCGGCGCUGCCCGAGGCACUCAAGGACACGAACGAGGCCAUCAAGGUCGACGACAAGUUUGUCAAGGCGUACAUCCGCAAGAGUAACGUGCUCUUUGCCAUGAAGGAGUACACCAAGGCGCUCGAGGCUAUCCAGCUCGCCGGCGACGUCGACAAGGCCAGCGAGGGCGGCGCGCAGCACACGCGCGAGAUCCAGGCGCAAUCGAGCAAGUGCAUGCAGGAGCUCUACUCGCAGCGCUCGGACGAGUCCGACGAGCAGACGCUCGAGCGUGCGAUGCGCGACCCCGAGGUGGCGCAGAUCAUGCAGGACCCCGUCAUGCAGUCGAUUCUGCAGCAGGCCCAGUCGAACCCCGCCGCGCUCCAGGAUCACAUGAAGAACGCGGGUAUCCGCGCCAAGGUCCAGAAACUGAUUGCCGCGGGCAUCAUCCGUACUCGCUAG